AGGAUUAUAUUCUCGUGCAUCCACAAGCAUCGGAUUCAUUAUAGACAGAGACACACAGAGAGUUUUUAGAGAGAGAUAGAGAGAGCGUAAGAAUACUUUUUUGGUUUCUUCUGUUGUUAGAGAGAGAGAGAGAGAGAGGGCGGUGGGACAUGAAGAUCACGGCGUUGUUGGUGCUGAAAUGCAUUCCAGAAGGAGCGGAUCCGGUGAUCCUAGCUAACGCAUCGGACGUCAGCCAUUUUGGAUACUUCCAGAGACCCAGCGUUAGGGAAUUCAUCAUAUUCGUCGGUCGGACCGUCGCCAAACGGACCCCUCCCGGCCAACGCCAAUCCGUCCAGCACGAAGAGUACAAGGUGCAUUCAUAUAACCGUAAUGGCUUAUGUGCAUUGGGUUUUAUGGAUGAUCCCUACCCGGUUCGAAGUGCUUUUUCACUGCUAAAUCAGGUUUUGGAUGAGUACCAAAAAAUUUUUGGUGAGACAUGGAGAUCUGCUCAAUCUGAUAGUACUCAACAACAACAAUGGCCUUAUUUAUUUGAAGCUCUAAAUAAAUUUCAGGAUCCUGCGGAAGCUGACAAGCUGUUGAAAAUUCAAAGGGAGUUGGAUGAAACAAAAAUUAUUCUUCACAAGACAAUUGACAGUGUUCUAGAACGUGGUGAGAAGCUUGACAGUUUGGUUGAGAAGAGUUCAGAUCUCAGUGCAGCUUCACAGAUGUUUUACAAGCAGGCAAAGAAAACAAACCAAUGCUGUACAAUUUUAUAAACAAAUGGGGAAUUGUGAAGUGGAGAGGGGUGAUGAUGAUCCAGAGAUUGGAGUUGUGUUAGUGUCAAGUAUCAAGUCUCACAAAUUGUGUUUAUACAUAAUACAUUGUCUGUGUGCUUGAAUUCAUUUGAUUGGCUUGUAAUGGGGUCUUAAGGCAAAGAAAGAUACAUUAACUGGUAUUGACACAUUAUUAAAAUUGUUACUGUCAUUUUCUAUUCUACAUAGAAAGGCUGUUUGGAAUAAUAUUUUUGCCUAUGUUCGUUCA